AUGGCACGUUUUGGAUUUGGAUGGGAUCUUGUAUAUAAAAAGUACACAGCUCCUGAACAAGUGUGGGAUGAAUACGAAAAUGCACAUCCAAGUAAGAAGACUACGCGAGAUGAAAUUUUUGAAGAUUAUGAAGACUUACAGCUAAUAUUUGAGCAAGGAUUAGCUACCGGGAAAAAUGCUAUUGGUUUAGGGGACGAUACCGAUGCAGAAACGUUUCGAGCUAAAGAUAAUGGGCCGUUUGAAUUAAAUACUAGAUCUUUUGGAUAUACUGGGAAUGAAGGAUCUCAAGCAUCAAGGUUUUGGGAUUCAACUUUGCCAAGAAGCACAAAAGGCCCAUCAGAAAAGCUACCUCGUAAAAAGAAAGCUAAAAGUGUUGAAGGUGGAGAGUCUAGUAACUCAAACGUGGAUGGUAUCCAUAUGGAGAAGUCCUUUAAUGAAAUGAUUAGAUUAGCAAUCAGGUUGUUAGUUUGA